AUGUUUAAAAAAAUCACAGUUUUAAUCUCAGGAUCAGGAUCCAACCUACAGGCAUUGAUUGAUGCACAAGAAGAAAAUUUACUGGCUAAUGGAAAAAUUUGCUCAGUUAUCUCCUCAAGUAAAAAAGCGUAUGGUUUAACAAGAGCCUCAAAUCACAACAUUCCAACAAAGAUUCAUUCUUUAUACCAGUAUACCAAAAACUUAUCUAAGGAUGAUAAAGAAGCACGUCAAUCAGCAAGAAAGCAAUUUGAGAUCGAUCUGGCUAAGCUUAUCAAUGAGGAUCAACCAGAUUUAAUCAUUUGUGCCGGUUGGCUAUUGAUCUUAGGUCAAGAAUUCUUGUCUAGAGUCUCUAAUAUUCCCAUUUUAAACUUACAUCCUGCUUUGCCAAGACAAUUUGAUGGUACUACACACGCUAUCGAGAUGGCAUGGCAGAAAUGCCAAGAUUCUAAUCAGCCGUUGGUUGCCGGUUGUAUGGUCCAUUACGUUAUCAAAGAAGUUGAUAAAGGAGAACCCAUUAUUAUUAAGGAAUUAAAGAUAGUUCCUGGUAAAGAAACUCUAGAAGAAUAUGAAAAUCGUGUCCAUGAAGCAGAACAUAAAGCAAUAGUGGAAGCUACGGUUAAAGUUUUAAACUCUUUAUAA